CGUGCCGACAUCACCAUGAGCAGCACCCUCUCCCCUACCGACUAUGACAGCCUGGAGAUCCAGCAGCAGUACAACGACAUCAACAACCGCUGGGAAGCGGCCGACGAAGAGUGGGACAAUGAGAACAGUUCGGCCCGGCUUUUCGAGCGCUCCCGCAUCAAGGCGCUGGCAGAAAAAGGCUUUGAUCCAAUGGCCCCUUCCCUGUCCCCUGAGCUCUCCCCGGCCGCUUUUAUCAACACGGUGCAGUAUGCCAAUGUGCUGGAGGGCAGGUUCAAGCAACUUCAAGAUGAGCGAGAGGCCGUGCAGAAGAAAACCUUCACCAAGUGGGUCAACUCUCACCUGGCCCGGGUCACCUGCCGUAUCAGUGAUUUGUACAGCGACUUGCGAGAUGGGCGGAUGUUGCUGCGGCUGCUGGAGGUGCUCUCGGGGGAGCAGUUGCCAAAGCCGACCAAGGGCCGGAUGCGCAUACACUGCCUGGAGAACGUGGACAAGGCCCUGCAGUUCUUGAAGGAGCAGCGUGUCCACCUGGAGAACAUGGGCUCCCAUGACAUUGUCGACGGCAACCACCGCCUGACUCUGGGCCUCAUCUGGACCAUCAUCCUCCGCUUCCAGAUCCAGGAUAUCAGCGUGGAGACAGAAGACAACAAGGAGAAGAAAUCUGCCAAGGAUGCCUUGCUGCUUUGGUGUCAGAUGAAAACUGCUGGGUACCCAAACGUGAAUGUCCACAACUUCACCACCAGUUGGAGGGACGGCCUGGCUUUCAAUGCGAUAGUCCACAAACACAGGCCAGACCUGAUAGACAUCGACAACCUGAAGAAAUGCAACGCACACUACAAUCUCCAGAAUGCCUUCAACGUUGCUGAAAAGGAACUGGGCCUCACCAAGCUCUUAGACCCCGAAGAUGUGAACGUGGACCAGCCUGAUGAGAAGUCCAUCAUUACCUACGUGGCCACCUACUACCACUACUUCUCCAAGAUGAAAGCCUUAGCCGUGGAAGGGAAACGGAUUGGGAAGGUCCUGGACUACGCCAUCGAGGCAGACAAGCUGAUAGAGAAGUACGAGACGCUGGCCUCUGACCUGCUGCAGUGGAUUGAGCAGACCAUCUUGACACUGAACGACCGGAAGCUGGCCAACUGCCUCAGCGGGGUGCAGAACCAGUUGCAGGCCUUCAACACCUAUCGCACUGUGGAGAAGCCCCCCAAGUUCACGGAGAAAGGAAACCUUGAAGUCCUGCUGUUCACCAUCCAGAGUAAGAUGAGAGCCAAUAACCAGAAGGUUUACACGCCGCGCGAGGGGAGGCUCAUCUCUGACAUCAACAAGGGCUGGGAACGGCUGGAGAAAGCGGAGCACGAGCGAGAGCUGGCCCUGCGCAACGAGCUGAUUCGGCAAGAGAAGCUGGAGCAGCUGGCGGCACGCUUUGACCGCAAGGCGGCCAUGCGCGAGACCUGGCUGAGUGAGAACCAGCGCCUCGUCUCCCAGGAUAACUUCGGCUUGGACUUUUCGGCAGUGGAGGCAGCGGUGCGGAAACACGAAGCCAUCGAGACGGACAUUGUGGCGUACAGUGAGCGCGUGGCAGCCGUGACCGCGGUGGCAGCAGAGCUCGAGGCGGAGGGCUACCAUGACAUCAAGCGAGUGCUGGCACGCAAGAACAACGUGGCCAGGCUCUGGGACUACUUGCGCGAGCUGGUGGCUGCCCGCCGCGAACGCCUGAUGCUCCAUUUCGAGCUGCAGAAGAUGUUCCAGGACUUGGCUUACCUCAUGGAUUGGCUGGAAGAGAUGAAGGGCCGCCUUCAGUCUCAGGACUUUGGGAAACAUUUGCACGGCGUGGAGGACUUGCUGCAGAUCCACACUCUGGUGGAGGCCGACAUCGCCGUCCAGGCUGAACGGGUGAAAGCCAUCAGUGCUGCUGCCCAGCGCUUUGCCACCCCUGGCGAAGCUUACAAACCCUGUGACCCUCACCUUGUCCAAGAGCGUGUGGCAACGCUGGACCGGUGUUACCGUGAACUGGUGGCAUUGGCAGCACAAAGGCGUGCCAAAUUGGAAGAGUCACGUCGCCUUUGGAAAUUCUUCUGGGACAUGGGUGAAGAGGAAGCCUGGAUCCGGGAGCAGAGCCAGAUCCUCUCGUCAGAUGACUUUGGCAAGGACUUGACGAGCGCACUGCGUCUUACCAGUAAACACAACGCCUUCCGUGAUGAGAUGAGUGGCCGCGCCGGCACACUGCAGCAGAGCAUAGCCGAAGGCCGCCAGCUGGUCGCCGAGGGCCACUUUGGAGCCACCGAGGUGGCCGAACGGAUCCGGGAAAUCGAGGAGCAGUGGGAGCAGCUUGAGGCGCUGUCCAGCCAACGGCAGCAGCGCCUCCUCCAGGCCUCCAACCUCUACCAGUUCCAGGCGGACGCCAACGACAUGGAGGCCUGGUUACUGGAUGCCCUCCGCUUAGUCUCUGGCUCUGACGUGGGCCAUGAUGAAUACUCCACCCAAAGCCUGGUGAAGAAGCACAAGGAUGUGGAAGAGGAGAUCCACAACCACCGCCCUGCCCUGGACGCCUUGCACGAACAGGCCCGGAGCCUGCCUCCGGCCUUCGCCCAUUCCCCUGAGGUGGACGGGCGCUUGCCGGCACUGGAGCAGCGCUACGAGGAACUGGUUGCGUUGGCCGAGCAUCGCAAGCGAGCCCUGCAGGAUGCCCUCAACCUCUAUAAGAUGUUCAGCGAGGCAGACGCUUGCGGGCUCUGGAUUGGCGAGAGGGAGUACUGGAUCGAGACGAUGGACGUCCCCGAGAAGCUGGAAGACCUGGAAGUGGUUCAACAAAGGUUUGAGACGCUGGAGCCAGAGAUGAAUAAUCUGGCCUCUCGCAUUGCGGCGGUGAAUGAGAUCGCAAGCCGGCUUCUGGGUACUGACCACAGGAACAAGGACAGCAUCCAGGCCACUCAGGAAGAGCUCAAUACCAAGUGGCAGCAGUUCCAGGCCCUGGCCAGCCGUAAGAAGGACGCCUUGACCUCGGCACUCAGCAUCCAGAAUUACUUCUUGGAGUGCAACGAGACCAAGGCUUGGAUGCGGGAGAAAACCAAAGUGAUCGAGUCCACCCAAGGCUUUGGUAACGACCUGGCUGGGGUCAUGGCCCUGCAGCGCAAGCUGGCGGGCAUGGAGCGGGACCUGGAGGCCAUCCAGGGCAAAGUGCGGGACCUGCGCGAGGAGGCGUCCCAUCUGGCAGGCCAGCACCCGGAGCAGGCCGCUGCCAUUUCUGAUCGCUUGUCUGAAAUCGACGGGACCUGGGACGAGCUGCGGGGAACCAUGCGCCGCCGCGAGGAGUCCCUAGGGGAAGCCAGCAAGCUGCAGGGCUUCUUGCGCGACCUGGAUGACUUCCAGGCAUGGCUCUUGCGCACCCAGACGGCCAUUGCAUCAGAAGACGUGCCGGCCACUUUGCAAGAGGCGGAGUGCUUGCUGAGCCAGCAUGAGACCAUCCGGAACGAAGUCGAGCACUACAAGGGUGACUACCGGCGCCUGCGGGCCAUGGGGGAGGAGGUGACGCAAGGCCACACUGAUGCCCAGCACAUGUUCCUGCAGCAGCGCCUCCAGGCCCUCGACACGGGCUGGAAUGAGCUUGGCCAGAUGUGGGAGAACCGCCACCAGCUGCUUUCGCGGGCCUACAGCUUCCAGAUCUUCCUGAGGGACACCAAGCAGGUGGAAGGGGUGCUCAGCAACCAGGAAUACGUGCUGACUCAUACAAGCAUGCCCAGCUCGCUCCAAGCCGCCGAGGCUGCCAUUAAGAAACAUGAGGAUUUCAUGACCACCAUGGAGGCCAACGGGGAGAAGAUCAAGGGCCUGGUGGACUCUGGGCGGAAGCUUAUCAUGGAGGAUGGCCUCCACUCCGACAAGAUCCAGGAAAAGGUCAAUUCCAUUGACAGCAGGCACAGGAAGAACCAGCAGGCAGCCCAGGAUCUUCUGGCCCGGCUGCGUGACAAUCGGGAGCUGCAGCACUUUCUACAAGACUGCCAGGAGCUUACCCUCUGGAUCAAUGAGAAGAUGCUGUCAGCUCAGGACAUGUCGUACGAUGAAGCCCGAAACCUCCACACCAAGUGGCAGAAGCACCAGGCCUUCAUGGCAGAGCUGGCCUCCAACAAGGGCUGGCUGGAAAAGAUACAGAAGGAAGGGGAGCAGCUGGUGGCAGAGAAGCCAGAGCUGGAACCGGUGGUCAGGGCCAAGCUGGAUGGCCUGCAGAGGCUCUGGGAGGAGUUGGAAUCCAGCACUCAGAGCAAAGCUCAGUGCCUCUUUGACGCCAACCGGGCUGAGCUCUUCACCCAGAGCUGCUCUGCCCUGGAGGCCUGGCUGAACGGCCUGCAGGCCCAGCUGCACUCCGACGACUAUGGCAAGGACCUGACCAGCGUCAAUAUUUUGCUCAAGAAACAGCAGAUGCUAGAGAACCAGAUGGAUGUGCGGGAGAAGGAGGUGGAGGGCCUCAAAGCCCAGGCACUAGCCCUCAGCCAGGAGGACUCCAACGUCGUUGAGGUGGACAGCAAGCUGUGGGCCGUGGAGGACAGGUUUACAGAGCUGCGGGCGCCGCUCCGGGAACGCUGCGAGAAGCUCUUUGCCUCGAAGGAAGAGCACCAGUUCAACCGUGACCUGGAGGAUGAAAUUUUGUGGGUGAAGGAACGGAUGCCCAUGGCAGUGUCCACUGACCACGGCAAAGAUCUUCCCACCGUCCAGCUGCUGAUCAAGAAAAACCAGACCCUGCAGAAGGAGAUCCAAGGCCACCAGCCGCGAAUCAACGACAUCCAGGGGAGGUGGCAGGGGCUGGCAUGCAGCGGCCUGGAAGCGGAGCUGCAGGGGCGUGUGGAGGCCUUGCAGGAGAUGUGGCAGGAGUUGCAGAGCCAGGUGGAGCAACGGCACGGGCGCCUGGAGCAAGCGCAGAUGGCCCAGCAGUUCUACUUCGAUGCUGCCGAGGCAGAGGCCUGGAUGGGGGAACAGGAGCUGCAUAUGAUAUCGGAGGAGAAGGCCAAGGAUGAACUGAUUGCUCAGGCCAUGGUGAAGAAGCAUCUAGUGAUGGAGCAAGCUCUGGAAGACUAUGCCCAGACCAUCCACCAGCUCUCUAUCCAGAGCCGCGAUAUGGUAAACAACGGGCAUCCGGAGAGUGAGCGGAUCAAUCUCCGGCAGGGCCAAGUGGACAAGCUCUAUGCCAGCCUGAAGGACUUGGCUGAGGAGCGACGUGCCAAGCUGCAGGAACAUCUCCGCCUCUGCCAGCUGAAGAGAGAGGUGGAUGACCUGGAGCACUGGAUCUCGGAACGGGAGGUGGUGGCUGCUUCUCAUGAGCUUGGCCAGGACUACGAACAUGUCACGAUGCUACGGGACAAGUUCCGGGAGUUCUCCCGUGACACCAGCACCAUCGGCCAGGAGCGGGUGGACAGUGUCAACCGGCUGGCAGACGAGAUGAUCUCUGCCGGUCACUCUGAGAACGCCACCAUUGCCGAGUGGAAGGACAGUCUGAAUGAGGCCUGGGCAGACCUCCUGGAGCUCAUUGACACCCGGAGCCAGAUGUUGGCAGCCUCCUAUGAGUUGCACCGCUUCUACCAUGACGCCCGCGAAACCCUCAGCCAGGUCCAGAACAAGCAGAAGCAGCUGCCCGAUGAAGUUGGGCGGGACCUCAACACCGCCGAGGCCAUGCAGAGGAUGCACAGCACUUAUGAACAUGACAUCCAGGCGCUUAGCACCCAGGUGAAGCAGGUGCAGGACGACGCAGCACGGCUGCAGAAGGCCUACGCGGGGGAGAAGGCAGACGACAUCCGGAGGCACGAGCAGUCUGUGAGCGAGGCCUGGUCCGACUUACUGAGCAGCAGCAGCAGCCGCCGGCACCUCCUUCUCGACACCGUCGACAAGUUCCGCUUCUUCCGCAUGGUCCGCGACCUCCUGCUCUGGAUGGAUGGUGUCAACCUCCAGAUAGAUGCCCAGGAGAAGCCCAGGGACGUAUCAGCUGCGGAUUUGGUCAUCAAGAACCACCAAGGGAUCAAGGCUGAGGUUGAGGCCCGGACUGACAGCUUCAAUGCCUGUGUUGCCAUGGGCAACGACUUGUUGGCCAUGGGACACUAUGCCUCCGACAAGAUUGCAGAGAAAUUGACCCAGUUGCAGGACCGGCGCAAGGAGAUCAAUGACAAAUGGCAGGAGAAAAUGGACUGGUUACAAAUUGUCAUGGAGGUGCUGAUGUUCGGGCGUGACGCCAGCAUGGCAGAGGCCUGGCUGUCCAGCCAGGAGCCAAUCGUGCGCUCAGCAGAGCUGGGUAGCAAUGUGGAUGAAGUGGAGAACCUCAUCAAGCGCCAUGAAGGCUUCCAGAAAUUGGCUGUCGCAUGGGAGGAGCGCUUCCUGGCACUGGAGAAGCUCACAACGCUGGAAGAGAAUGAAAGUCGCCGAUGUGAGCAGGAGGAGGCAAGGAAAAGGAGGCCUCCAACUCCGCCUCCGCCAGAACCCUCGGCGACGGUGCCACAGAGCCAAGAUCCGGAAAUGCAGGAGACUCCCAGUGCCAGCCAUGACACCCAGAGCCCCGGAGAGCAAGGUUUGUCACUGGAGCUGCCAUCUCUGAAUGGUAUUGAUCCUGAUUCUGAGUCUCCCCAGAUUUCGGAGACCUCAGGUACGGUCAAUGGGUCACGGAUGGAUUCCUUGUCCAAGGGGAAGGAGCCCAGCCCAACCCCAUCGCCCAAGCUCCGUUCCAAACUGCCUCCCCUCAGCAUUGAUCCCAUCCAGUCAGCCACACUGCCCCCACGCAUGCCAGACCCCUCGGCCUCAGAACAGAUAGAAGGAAUGUUGUGUCGGAAGCAGGAGAUGGAGUCGCACGGCAAAAAGGCAGCUAACAGGUCCUGGCAGAACAUCUACUGCAUUGUACGGAAAGGCACCCUGGGCUUCUACAAGGACAACAAGAGCGCCGGCCAUGGCAUCCCUUACCACGGGGAAGCGCCCGUCAGCUUGCAAGAGGCACAAUGCAGCGUUGCUCUGGACUACAAGAAGCGCAAGCAUGUCUUUAAGCUUGGGUUAACAGACGGCAAAGAAUAUUUAUUCCAGGCCAAGGAUGAGGCCGAGAUGAGCAGCUGGAUGCGAGUCAUCAGUGCCGCCACUGCCCGUGCCCCAACGCCGCAAGGCCCUGCAGAGGAGCCGCUGCCGCUGAUCAGCAAAGGAAUGACGCGGGCCUUGAGCCUGCCUCCCGUGUCCCCCAACAGUGCCCCAGAAGGGACCGUCACUCUGCGUAGCAAAGAGACCAAGGAGAAGGACCGCGAGAAACGCUUUAGCUUUUUCAAGAAGAACAAAUAGGGGCCACGCCCCGAGGAGGAGGGAUGGGGUGGGGGCUGCAGCUGCCGAAUCUGUACAGAACUGAACAUCAGCACGGGCAUGGCGGGGCGCUUUGGAGUGGGGGGAGGGAGGGAGGGAGGGGCUGGGGCAAAACACCGCUGAUGGAGACCACGGUUGUUCUUUUUCAGUACCGCAGAUUGCAUGAAGCAUCUCCAAACUUUACGAGGAAUGCCUCUCCUCCUGCCUCCCCCACCCUCCCGCAAAAGAAACAGAAAAAAAAAAGCCAUGCUGCUCUGCCUCUAUCAACACACAUCUGCAAGAGGUCCUGGCAGAGAUGCUGCAUUUGGGAGGAGCCGCCUUGAAGCGGGGAUUGCCGAACGCUGGGCUUGAUGGAGAGGGGUGGGAACAGAGCUUGGAAAAGUUACUUUUUUGAACUACAACUCCCAUCAGCCCCAGCCAGCAUGGCCACUGGAGUGUGCUGAUGGGAGUUGUAGUUCAAAAAAAGUAACUUUUCCAAGCUCUGGGUGGGAGGCUGUGUGCAUCUGGGUCACCAAAUUGUGGGUGCUGGGCCCCCUUCAUUUUACUUUGAUACGAGCCGAGAGGUGCUGACCUUUUGGGGCUGCAGUGGCAUGGGCUCUGCGGAAAGGCCUUCUGUUUCCAGGUGUCAUCAGAACUCUGUCAGGUGUGGAACGGACUGUUUGGGGUUUUGUGGAGAAUUUUCUCUUAGGACUGCAUCCCUAGCCAGGAAAUACUUUGUCCACCUGUUAGCACCCCACGCACAUUUUUUAUCCCUCCGAUCCCUGGUGUGGUCCAAGACCCAUCAGUUUUGCAGCCCAUCCUGAAAUGGGCCCUGUCACCGACUGGAAGAAACAAGAUCUGUUUGGGGGCACAACAUUAGCCAGCGGUUUUGAGGAACAGCCUCUUUUCCUAAUUUGCCAUGCUGAAACUAUGGUAGGAAAAGGUAAAGGGACCCUUAAAUGAAACCCACAAGCCUCGCUCUCUGUUCCUCCCAAAUUUUAGGUAAAACAUCACCCCAGUAGCCUUCUAAAAAGAGUUGCUAAGGGACCUUGUCAGGGGGUCAGGUCCCUUGUAAUUCAAGUACGAAUAGACCCAUGACUUACAACAGGGGUAGGUAGAAGGUAGAUUGGAAUCUACUUGUAGAUCUCUGGCUGUUUUAUGGUAAACCAGCUAAGAGUUUUGACUCCUGAUGGUCUAACAAUAGCCACAACUUAUCUCCCUCUGAAUUAGAUGGAAGGGUCUUUUUUAGGGGUGGGGGAGGGUGAACCAAGAGUGGUUGUAUCUGUGAAAGGACUCGUGAGCUUCAUGCUGGUACUGAUCACUGUUUCCUGGAGUCAGCGUGUGCUCAGAGGGGCACACCCUCUACCUUAUUUUUUUGCGUAUGUCUGCCUACGCCAUUUUGGCCGAGCCAUUUUUUACUUUGCAUCUGGUUCUGUUUAGUGGACCUCAGGGUUGUGGUGAAAAAAAUGAAAGUUGAUCCCUCAAACCUGCAGUUCACCCAUUCUUGGCUUGGAAGACGGAUUAUGAUGGAAGAAUGAAUGGAGACAUUGUGGGUAGGCAAGUGGGGGGGAGUGCAAGCCCAUCUCCCACCCAUCUCUUUUGUCUCUGGACCGACCUCCUGCCAUGGUUCUUGCAACCGUGCAUGUUUCCAGAGUGGAAACACAGCUAGGAGAUAACAAGGUUACAGGAGAGGGUCAAAAGUAUUUUAUAAGAUAUGGGUUUAGCAGCGUUCAGGCUACCAAGGGCCGGUUUCAGGUUAAUGGGGUGGGGGUGGGGCUGGCAAGGUGCCCAGGCUUAUGUGGCAUUUGGUUCUUGCAAACUAUCUGCCACUUUUAUUUUCCCACAAUGCUCUGGAGCAAUGCUGCAUCCUGGGGCAUUGUGGGAAUUUUUUUAAAUGUUGGGCAGCUUCCCAGCAGCUGUCACCAGAUAAACCUAUAGGUUGGGGUCCUGAACCAGAUGUCUGCCCCAGUGGGGCCAAGGCAGGCUUUGGUGCUGGUGGGCAGCUUUGCUUGAGGAUGAUGAUGCCAGCCAUGCAGCCGCCGCUCCUCCACUUUAGUUCCUUGCCCCUCACACACACACACAACGCAUGUGUGCUUUUCUGGCUAGGGCUGAUGGGAGUUGUAGUCCCAAACGUCGAGGGUACCAGGCUGGAGAACGUUGCGUUAGAGCUAUGGAGCAGGGCUGUGUCCUAACACAUCUGCUGCUGGCAUGUUUAUUUGUGGCUCUGGAGUCUCCAAGAGACCACAUGCGCAUGCACAUUUUUGUCUGCCUUUGAAUUCCUGAGGCGCAAAAAUGUUUAAUGGGGUGGGAAUUAUGAUGAUGGGUAAGACCCCCCAAAAGUCUCAUCUGGUCUAGCAUGUGGAAAACUCACAAGCACCACCUGAUAGAAAAGAAGGCACCUUCGCCCCCUUGCUAUGUCCCAGCAUCUAGUACACCAGCCUUCCCCAACCUGACACACUGCAGAUAUUUUGGACUACAACUCCCAUCAGCCAACAUGUCUGUGCUGCUUGGGGUUAAUGGGAGUUAAUAGUCCAAAACAUCUGGAGGCUUCAUGUGUGGUGCAUGGAAGUAUCCUGGCUCUGAACAGGGACAAUCCUUUCUCCACUUCCACGGCUCAUAGCAGCUGCUAGACCUGCCUGCUGGCCACAGAAGCCAGGUCCAAUCAGCCAUUCUGUGGCACGGAGUCGCACAGUUCCCUGACCUAAAGGAGAGCCUUAGAAAUCAAAAGGGAGCAAAUGCAUUGUAUUUUGGGCAGUGGUUGUGUUCUUCUAUUAGGUUGUUGGGGUUUUUUUUUUUGCAAAGCCUUUUCUUUUAAGGAAAACAAUGCAGGAAAGUUUGCACCUGAAGGCCAUAUUGGAAGGAGCUGGUGUUUUCAGGGCUGGAAUGUGUGUGUCUCGGGUAUUGCAACAAUUGCAUAGUUUUGCCUGGUUGCAGGAACUGAGGUUGUUCUUUUGGGUCUGCCAGGGCUCACCGUCCAUCAGCUGCUCACUGGCUUGCCUGGUCUCCGCAGGCGUGGAAUUCCGCUGCCGCUGAUCUUCACGUCUCACCCAACUGUGUCCUUGUUCCAUUCCCUUUUUUCUAGCUCUGGUUUUUGACCUGUGCGUGCCUUCCUUUUCAUAAUCAUAUGCUGCCCUGCCAACCGGUCAGCCACACUUCCAUCCCCACCACUGCCAUGUGAAGACGGUGCCUCUCCUUCACCCUCCGUCAUAAAGGAUGCAGAGGCAGCCAUGGGGCCGGCUCCAUGACCAGGUGCACACAAGACCCUGAAGACCUGUCGCCUGCUGCUCACCGCCCGACAGCAGGGAGUCCUGACAUUGGAUUGCAGGAGGCAACUCAGGAAGGGGGUUCUGUUUCCAAGGGAGGGGGCCUCUUUUAAAAGCAAGGCACUCUGUGCCCUCCCAGCACCCCCGGCAAGGGCCCCUGCUCCCCAGCAAGCGUCACGGUGGUGUUUCUGUGCUUGUGGGAGAUCGUUAUUCACGUGUUUGCAGUGGCAUCUAUUCCCAUCUUUUUGGACAAAUAAAAAAUCUGUGUAGAGA